AUGUCGUUAAAUAGCCGAUCACAAUGGAAGUGUCCAACAUUCGAUGGUGUACGUCUUCGAUUAUACAAUAGUUUUACAAAAAAAAAGGAAAUAUUUGUGCCAUUAAAUGAUAAUGAAAUUCGUUGGUAUACUUGUGGUCCCACAGUUUAUGAUACAUCUCAUAUGGGUCAUGCAAGAUCGUAUAUAUCGUUCGAUAUUUUACGUCGUGUGCUACAAGAUUAUUUUGGCUAUAAUGUUGUAUAUUGUAUGAAUGUAACAGAUAUUGAUGACAAGAUCAUCAAACGUACCCGUGAACGAUAUCUUUAUAAACAGUAUAUUGAAGCCAGUGAUGUAACUUUAGAAAAAAUUAUAGAUGAUUGUCAUUUGGCACUAAAAUACACAAUCAAUUUGAAAUCACGUGAGACAGAUACAGAUAAACAAACAAUGUAUGACAAACAAAUAACCACUGUAGAAAAGUCAACAGCAGAAUUAAAAGCAAAUUUACAAUCGUCCAAAUCUGAUCAUGACAUAAAUUUAUAUCGUACGAAAUUAUUAACUGACUCUCGUGAUAUUCUCAGUUCAUAUUUUGAUUCUAUAUCCGGACAGAAUUUAAAAUUGGAUAAUUCAAUAUUUCUUGAUUUAGCUCGUUUAUAUGAAAGUGAAUAUCAUAAUGAUAUGUUUAAAUUAAAUAUAUUACCACCAGAUAUUUUAACAAGAGUUAGUGAAUAUGUAGAUGAAAUAAUUCCGUUUAUUCAAAAGAUAAUUGAUAAUGGUUAUGCUUAUGUAUCAAAUAAUUCUGUUUAUUUUGAUACAAUUAAAUUUAAUUCUGAACAUACAUAUGCAAAAUUAGAACCAGAUCGUACAAGUGAUCUGGCAGCGUUGGCCGAGGGUGAAGGUGUAUUAUCUGGAUCCGCUAAAGAUGAACAUGGAAAAAUUCAAACUACUAGUGAAAAACGAAAUAAUUGCGAUUUUGUAUUAUGGAAAAAAAGUAAACAAGGUGAACCACUUUGGACAUCGCCAUGGGGUGAAGGACGACCAGGAUGGCAUAUUGAAUGCAGUGUUAUGGCGAGCAGUAUUUUAGGUAAACAAUUUGAUAUUCAUACGGGUGGUGUAGAUUUAAAAUUUCCUCAUCAUGAUAAUGAAAUUGCUCAAGCAGAAGCCUAUUAUAAUCAUGAUCAAUGGGUAAAUUAUUUUUUACAUAGUGGUCAUCUGACAAUAUGUGGUUGUAAAAUGUCAAAAUCAUUGAAAAAUUUUAUAACAAUUAAUCAGGCAUUGGAAAAAUAUUCUAAUAGACAAAUACGUUUAUUAUUUUUAUUACAUUCAUGGUCAAAUACAUUAGAUUUUAGUGAUAAUGGAAUGGAUCGUGCGUUAACAUAUGAAAAACUAUUAAAUGAAUUUUUUCUUAAUGUUAAAACUCACAUUCGAAAUAUAAAAUUGAAUGAUAUACAAUCAUAUAAAAAGUUUGAUGAUAAAGAUAAACAAUUAAAUGAGGAAAUUUCAACUUUAAAGAGAGAAAUACACGUGGCAUUAUGUGAUUCAAUUAAUACGGCAGGAUGCAUGGACCAAAUUCGACAAAUGAUUAGUCUUACAAAUACUUAUAUGAAUUCAACAAAAGUUGUUAAUGCAUUAUUGAUAAGAAAUAUUGCAUCCUAUAUUACGAGAAUAUUAUCUAUAUUUGGUUUGACAAAUGACAAUAGUGGAGAUCAAAUUGGAUUUGGCAAGUCUGUACAAAAUGCAGAUGGAAGAACAAUUGUUGAUGUUGAACAAAUCGCAAUGCCAUAUGUUGAACAGUUUUCAAAUUUUCGUGAUUCGGUUAGAAAACAAGCAAUUAUAGCGAAAAAUAAAGAGAUAUUAACUUUAUGUGAUCAUGUGAGAGAUGCUAUAUUACCAGAUUUAGGGGUCAGAUUAGAAGAUGGAGGUGAGAAAACGGCAAUUAAGUUUUGUGAUCCAGAAAUAUUACGAAAAGAACGAGAACAAGCGUUAUUAGUUGAAAAAAGUAAACAAGAAGAAAAAGAACGACGAAAACUUGAACAACAAGCUGCCAAAGAAGCGAAGGAAGCAAAAAAAAAAGCGUCUAAAGAUAAAAAGAAUGUUGCAUCCAGUGGUGAUACAGCGUCUGCUACAUCAACAGCUGUCGUAGAAGAAAAUUCUGCUCAAGAUAAAUCAUGA